AUGACACUACAACCCCUUCUACCCGCUUUCGUCUCUUUUCCCCUCCGACUCACAAAAUUUUCCGCUGAAAAUCUCUCUGAAAAAUAACUGCAGACAAUAUUUAGUACACAUAUCUCCGUGAAGAUUGGUAUGUAGAUAAAUCUUAAGAGAGGAGAGAGAUAGAAGUAUCUCCGAUAAGCUCAUCGACUCAAAUUACUUCUCUCCACUUCUUCUCACCUCUCUUACUCUCUUUCUUGCUUAUUCUUGGAGGGUCUCAUUUCAUAUCUGUCACUUGCUUUGUUGAGUCAAUAUUUUCUUGAUACCGCAUGAAUUUAUCUUAAUCUCUAGGGUUUAUUAGUGGUUCAAAGGUAUACUGUUUUCUACCCUUUUAGCUGGAUGUGAAAUAUAUAGACCCUAGACAUUGAAUUCGAAGGCCUCGCCUUUAUUUUACUUCUUGAUUUUUGUAAAAAUUUCCAUAUUUUUAGCUGUCCAGGAAGGACAAAUCAUAUAAACACAGUUAAGUUAUGGCUUUUGACCCGAACUCGGUACCCAAAGAUUUGCGCCCUCUGAAUAUAGCCAGAGCAUUGCCCGAGGACCCACGCAUUGCCCCUGUGACCUCGUCGGUCAGGCCCGUUGAAGGGUUUUAUGCGAACCCACCCCGUGAUGCCCGGGGCAACCCCGAUUCUGUGCCUCCAAUUUAUUAUACAGCCACGAUUUCUGAUGCUGGAUUUAGAUAUAACAAUGCAGUGCCAGGGGCCGCUGGGUUCUUGCGUGGUGUGCCGCCCCAAUGCCAACUGGGCGCAAUGGGUGCUUCUGUGCUUCAUUCGGUGAGUGGGUCUAGUAAUAGUCCGAAGUUUGGAGCGCAGGUAGGGGGUAGUGCUUCUGAUCAGACUAGCGAUGAGGGUGGUGAUGGUUCUGUGUCAGGGCGGAAGGUUAAGUUCUUGUGUAGCUUUGGUGGCAAAAUACUGCCUAGGCCAAGUGAUGGGGCAUUGAGAUACGUCGGUGGGCAGACUAGGAUAAUUAGCGUUAGGAGGGAUGUGGGUUUUGGUGAAUUGGUUCAGAAGAUGGCAGAUACAUAUGGGCAGAAUGUAGCGAUAAAGUACCAACUGCCAGAUGAGGACCUUGAUGCACUUGUUUCAGUUUCAUGUCCUGAUGAUCUCGAGAACAUGAUGGAUGAGUAUGAGAAGUUGGUUGAGAGGUCUUCAGAUGGGUCGGCUAAGCUGAGGGUAUUUUUGUUUUCACCUUCAGAGCUAGAGUCUGCCAGUUUGUUACAUAUUGGAGACUUACAGGAUGGCGGGCAGAUGUAUGUUGAAGCAGUGAAUGGGGUUUUGGAUGGAUUUGGCAGUGGUGGUUGUGGUGCUUGUAUUGCUAGGAAGGAGAGCCUUGAGAGUGCUGCUUCUGCUCAGAAUUCUGAUUUGAGUGGUACUGAGGGUGCUGAUAACUUUGGCCAUGGUCAUGGCGAGGUUACUGUUCCUCCAUCUGCUGGUGGAUUAUCACCAAGGGGAAAUUCCGAUGUUUCUCUUGAAACAGCCCCUGGAACCGUGAGUGCUGAUCAUAAUGCUGCAGUACAUGCAGAUCCUUCUGCUACUCGGCUGGGUAUUCCCGUGGCUAAAUUUUGUCCAGCUACCACUAUGACUGCUGUUUCCGAACAAGAGUUGGAUAGAUAUGUGCCUCUUAAUGUCCCACAGCCGCAAAUGGGAUUUGAUCUGCAGCAACCUGGAGUGAGUUUCCCAGCACCUUCAUCUCAUGUUCAAGCUAAUGUGGAUGCUCACCAAGAAAACUUGAACCAUGCUGAAUAUGUGCAACUCUCUUCUCAGAUGGGAUUCCCUGCGCAGAUUUAUGGUGCAGUUGGGCCUGUGUUCACCCAACAGCAUUCGCCUGCUGGAGCUUCCUCUCAGCAGUUUAUUCCUGCAGUUAAUAUGACAAUGAAUCCUUCAUUCAUCAGUAUGAAACCUAAUGCAGUUCCUGCUAUUGUUCAGCCUCAACAAGUUCGUUUGGAGCAUUUUCCUGCUGAAAGUACACUGCCGCAGAGGGUUCCUCCUGCGGACCAAGGAUUUAGUUUGCAGCAUGCUCAGGUCCCUACAACAGUGCCAGGAGGAAUGUAUGGUUGGCAUCAAGUUCCACAUCUUGACCAGGUAGCCUUUUCCGAAAGAGGCUUGCCCUCUCAACCAGUCAUGGUUUCUGAGCAAGUUCCUAGACUUGAUGACUGUUACAUGUGUCAAAAAGCAUUACCACACGCUCAUUCAGAUCCAAUGGCUCAGGACCAAAAGGGAAGUCCUGCAAGCACCUUUUCUGACUCAAGAUCAAUUUAUCGUAGCCUGGGGUUGGAUGAUAAAGGGCAACCAAUGAUUAAGCCUGUACUAUCUGGUACUCAAACAGAAAGUAUUGCUGAGCAACAUGCAGCUGGAUCUGGACCAAGAGUUAUGGGUUAUGUGGACCAUGAAGCUGGAAAAGUUCAAGCCGAUAGAAUCGGGAUCUCCCAGAAUCUUGAGGGAGCUUAUGCAAAUGAUAAAACUAUUCUUCAGCAGGCUCAGAAUCCUGAAUAUUUCAAGGUAUCAACUCCCCAGGGUUUAACGAUGACAAGCAUUGGUCAAUCUCAAGGUGUAUUUUUGGGUAAUGUCCCACAGGCAUACCAAGAUUCAUUUCAGCAGAUUCUUGUUUCACCUCAGUACCAGGUUGUCGAGGGUCCCGCAUUGAACAGACCAGUUAAUAAUGAUCUAGCUCCUGUUGGAGGCAUGCCUUUGCAGACUUCUGAUUACAUUACUGGUGAAUCCCCAAAAGACUACUCUGGUAUAGUUGCUGGCAGUACUCCUAAAGGAGAUGCUACUUCCUUGGCCUGUGACCAGAUGAGACAAAUAGAUAAGAGGUUGGAAAGUAUGCAGAUCUGUGCUUCUGAAGUUCUAGCUAAUAAUGAGUUUGACAAGCCUGUUGCUGAUCCCAGAAAGGAAGAUGUAUUGGAAAACAGAUUACAACAGGUUGCCGACAGGGAGGCUCCCAAAAUGUAUAAUUUCCGACCGACAGAAUCUUAUGGAUUGAAAGAACCUCCUUUUAUAGGUAAUCCCAAUUCUUACCUUCAUUCAAAGCUUGGGGUCAAUAAUUUGGCUUCUGGUGAAAUUUCUACUCACAACCCUCGUGUUGAAUCUGCUCAUCCAGCUGAAAGAUUUCCUCCUGCUAGUGAAUGGAAGGAUCGAACCCCAUUGUCCCUAUUUCUCAUUUAUCUUAACUGCUUACAGGUCGGUGAUUUGGGGUUGUCGAAGGUAAAAUGUCAGACAUUAAUUUCAGGUGGUGUAAGGGGAACUCUUCCAUGGAUGGCACCAGAGCUUCUUAAUGGCAGUAGUAGCCUUGUGUCUGAGAAGGUUGAUGUAUUCUCGUUUGGAAUCGUAAUGUGGGAACUUCUUACUGGAGAAGAGCCGUAUACGGACUUGCACUAUGGAGCCAUUAUUGGUGGUAUAGUGAGCAACACAUUGAGACCUCCUGUGCCGGAAUCUUGUGACCCAGACUGGAGACGUCUCAUGGAGAGGUGUUGGUCAGCUGAACCAUCGGAAAGGCCAAGUUUCACUGAGGUUGCAGAUGACCUACGAGCCAUGGCAGCUAAGCUCCCUCCAAAAGGGCAAGUCCAGCAGCCACUUGCACCAACAAAUCCUCAAGUCAAAAGCUAAUUAUACCUAUGCUUUGCAGUUUUUUCUUGGAAGUUGACUCGAGAAACCUUUAGCUUAAAAUGUAACAACAAAAAGUGAUGUAUGAAUGUCUUAUAGACUAUUCUAUAAUCUCUAAUUAUCUGGUACUGCUAUGUCGAUAACAGACGUGGACAUCUGACCGACCAUUCUGUGCUGAAGGUCUUUAUUUUUCCAUUUUUAGAUGUUCGAGGCUGUUAGUAAUCCACUUUUUUCCUCA